AUGUCACUAUCACUCAAUUCAUCCUUCGCUUCCGCUACAACGGCAGUAACUGUAACAAGUACUUCAGUCGAAACGUCAAGGCCAACUCUCUUCGACCGCUGCUCCACAAAUUCGGUACAGAGUGGAGUGCAAAACAUCACUGGCCUCGAAGGCCAGGAGAUUUGCUUAUUCAACUAUCCACCCUCCCUCUUCCAAGCCGCGCAUUGUUGCAAGAACCCCAACGACUACUGCGCUAUUAAUGGUCAUGACGUCGACGCAUACUUCAAAUGCGUGCGUAAUGAUUACAAACGACAAAAGAACUCAACCUCGAAUUUUUUGGGGCUGUGCUAUAACGUAACUGAUAAAAAGGAUGAUGAAGGCGCUGCGACGAGUAUGGCAACUUACAGUCUCACGCUUGGGGCGGUGAUGGCAGGAGCUCCAAGUCACAACAUUUAG